UGUAAAGGGGUGGUUACGUAGCGAUUCGGUCUGUUGUUAUGGCAACAGCUGAAGUGUCGUUCGAUCAUUUCUAUGAGGAGUUCCUUCAAGUGAGUUGAUUGCUUUCAACAGUUUAUUAUUUUAAAAGAUAUGGAGGCUGUGUUUUAGAUAUUACUUUUAAAUGAGUGAAAGUAUUGGUUAUACAUUUGGAUUUUCCAAGAAAGUAAAGAAACAACGAUGGAAGAGUUGGUGGAAAAAGUCGGAGAGACAUGGAGCACACUGGAUUCUGCCCUCAGAGAUGACUGGUUUGAUAUAGAUUCAUCUCGUAAACAUAUCACUCAAGGAGAGUGGCAGGAAAUGAAAUGUGCGAGGGAUAACAUGGCCCAAGUAUUGAGAUGUUUGAGAGUUUGGUACGAUUUAUCCCCUAAAAUAUUGAUUUUAGCAUUACAUACAAUGGACAGCUUUCUUGCCAAAAUUAAAGUACAAGCUAAACAUGUGCCUUGUAUUGCAUUAAGUUGUUUUCAUUUGGCUAUGGAAUGGUCUGAAGAAGGCAUUAUGAUUACUUUGUCUGAAUUAGUCACUAUCAGUCAAACUCGCUGUAGUACUCAUGAUCUUUUGCGUAUGCAAGGAAUAAUACUAAGCAAGUUAGAAUGGAAACAGGCACCUCCGACUUCUUUCACAUUUUUAGAAUUAUUUCAUUCUCUUCUGAACCACGCUGCUCACAUUGCCAAAUUAUCUUGUGAGGAAGUGGUGUCGGGACUUUUACCUCUUGAACUGUGUACUCAAAGAUUGGAGGUACUCAUGUGCAGUCAUAAGUGUUCAAAUUUAAAAAGAAGUGCUGUUGCACUUGCUUUGUUGAAUUAUGUUUUGAUUGAGGAAAUGCCACCAAGAUGGAAUUGGUCCAUCUAUAUUAAGGAUUUACAAGAGUUUUGUAAGAUAACUUCUGAUGAAUUUGAAAAAAGCAAACAUAUAGUACAAAAAGUGCUGUCUUCGUACGAUCACCAGCAGCAGUUACCUCAUCAUCUCCGUCAGCAACUCAAUUGGAAGCUUUCAGUACGAACUUGGAGGCAGUUGCAUCUCGCUUUGAGGCGACGGCAGUUCUCCCUUCCACCUCUCGAAGAAUGCAAUGACGGCUCUAAUUGUGAAUAUUGCAGAUACUUUUGUUUCAGCACUCAUUCUGUUUCAUCUAACAACGAAUGGAAGAAAUAGUUCAAAACAAGGAUGCUGUUUGCAUAAUUCUAUCCACAUAUAUUGUUAAAAGUGUAAAGUUACUCAUUACUAGUUAAAAAUCAAUGUCAUUAUCUUAAAGUUGAUUUUAUCAUCAUAAAUCUAGUAGCAUGAUGAUGUUUUGUGAAUAUUAUCUUUUUAUAUACAGUAUAUAGUAAUAUACCUCAUCAAUAUUUUGUAAAUCAGUGUUUUCUCAGGAAUAUCAUCAUGUAAAAUUUUGUGUGAUGUACUUUAAAAGUUUCUUAAUUACUACGUGGGAAAAUUUUUACGAUAUAUUUCAUUAUCGCUCGGUUUUAUGCAAAUACAUCUGUGUCAAAAAAAAAAAAAAAAAUUCAUAAAAUACAAUCUAGUCAGAGACUGGCCAUAAUUUAAGGUAAAAUUUACCUUUUAAAUAACUUUUUUCAUUUUCAUCGCUUAACUAUGGAUUUUGUCGUCGUCUUGGGACCAAAUUGCAAAUGGCAUUACUUAAAUUACCAGGCGAUAACGGAAUCUCUUGUUUUUAUUUCAUCAUUUGACUUUUAAGUCUGUCCUCUUUUUAGACCAAAGCGUCAUCAAAUGACAUAGAAUUGAAUUCUAGCUUCGAUUUUUCCAAAGAACUUGUAGAGCAUAAACGAAAGAGUCGGACUUUUUAUUUCCAAACGGAAUUCAUCGAGUGCACAGAUGUUUUUGCAGAGGACCAGCACGGGCAUAAUAUGCCAAAUUUGUACUUGUAAACUCUGUGUACAGUCUUUUAAUUUUGAGUGAUGAGCAUCACCAAAUAAUAAAAUGUAUUUGCAUCCUGUGGUUUGCAAAUUUGCAUCCAAUAAAAAUACAGAAAUCUGCAAAAA